AUGCCAAGAAUAAAUAUAACAUGCGACCAAUGCAAAAAAUACGUAGGAGAUGAGCAAUUAGCCCGACUCAGCGAUGCUGAAAAAGAUUUAGAUUUUUAUUUUAAUUAUCCUAAAGAAGAAAGAGAGCAAAUAACUAAUUUAAACAUUAAAGAGAAAAACUUAGAAAGUCAUUUAGAUUUAAAAGAUUUCACUAAUUUGAAAGUGUUAAAUUGUUCUUAUAAUAAACUAACCAGCAUAGACUUAACAGGAUUAAAUCAAUUAGAAAAAGUAGAAUGCCCCGACAACUAUUUAACUAACUUUGAUUAUUCAGUUUUAAAUCCUGACAAAUUAAUUCACUUAAAUAUUAGCGAUAAUAAUUUAUCUGAACAAGACUUGUCGGAUAAGAAUGCUCAAGAAUGGCUAGAUAAAAACUAUCCAAAAGAUGAAAAAAGCAAAAGUUUAAAGAGAUCAGGAAUUGAAGAGUUAGAUAUUAGUGGACAGGAACUUGAGGGAAAACUUGAAUUAGAGGGGUUUAGUAAACUAAAAUAUUUGAAUUGUAGUGAUAAUAAAUUAACCGAAAUUGAUUUAACGCACUGUCCAUGUUUAAUAGGUAUUGAUUGUGCAAAAAAUGAGUUAGAAAUUUUUAGAUUUGGAGAUAAUUAUUCCGAAUCAAAAUUACAAAACUUAAAAGAGUUUCGGGGUUCUAACAAUAAGUUUUCUAAAAUUAAGGACAUAAUUAAUAAUGUAAAUAAAGAAAAGUUAACUUAUUUUGAUAUCAGUAAUAAUAAACCUUCUACUGACCUUAAUGCAGAAGUUGACCUUAAUGCAGAACUUUUUGAUGGUUUUACUGAACUACAAAGCCUUUAUAUUAAUAGCAAUAAUUUUAAAGGUUCUUUAGAUUUCUUAAAAAAUUUAAAGAAAAUAAUUGAUGUAGAUAUUCGUGGAACUUCAAUUAAGAUUAGUAAAGAUGAUUUAAGAAAUAAUUUACCGGAAUGGCUGGAAGAAAUUUAUUGUGAUUGUAAUCAGUUAACAGAAUUUGAAGAUGAGCAAAAAAAAUAUUACAAGGAAGGGGAUGGUUUUUAUGAUUUAAAGGCAUUUCGUGAAGGGAAACAAAAAAAGGACAAGAUAAAUAAAAUAUUAAAGAUCCCCGCUCUAACUGCUAAUAGAAGAGAGAAAUAUAAUCUAAAAAGAAUUAGAGAGGAUUACGAUGAUGUUGAAAACUAUUAUAAAGACAGACUAGUGGUGUAUCCAUCUAGAGAAGAGACAAAGUUUGACUGGAAGAUUAAUGAAACAUUGGCACUAAGUAAAUUGCCGCUUAGGCUUUAUUGUAUUGAAAGCGGGGAAGAAAAUAAAGAAAAGGGACACGAAAUUCCAAAAAUGAGGGAAUAUUAUGGUAAUGCUACUAUUACUUUGAUACCAAUAAAUGCGAAAGUUGGUGAGGAAAAUAUUGUAAAAUUAAUAAAUUCUUUUAAAAAAAAAAACGAAACUGAGUUUCUUUAUCCAAGCAAAAUAAUUGAAAACUCGUUACCAAUACUAGAAAAAAUAAUCAUUGAUGGUCGAUUUAUGGCUUUAAUUUGGAAACUUGCCCAAGUUUCAGAAGUUCGUUAUGAAGAAUGCAAAGAUAUAAAAGAAUUGUGUAAAGAAAAAGCUGCUACUCCAGUCGGGUUGCUAUACUAUGGACGAAAAAUAGAAGUUGACUAUCGUAAGGAUCCUGAAUCAGUGUUACGGGAAGCUAUGUUUGUUGCUACUAAAUACGGCGAUGGCGAUCCUUUGUUUGGUGUCAUACACAUAGAUUUUUAUCGUGAUAAACUUUCCGAGGAUCGCUGUCUUGAAUUUGUGCAAGACAAAGGAAUUAAAUUAAAGGCUUCUGAAUAUGAAAUAUUUGAUACUGAAAAAAAAAAGGAAGUAGGGGCAUUAACGUUGUCUGGAACCAAAGCAGUCAUAAAAGUUAAAGAAAUAGGGAAUGAUCUUUGUCAUCGUCUAGAUCUAGUCAGAAUAGAAGAAGGAUACGAAAACUUAGAAAAACCAAAAUCUGAAGAAAAAACUUUCAUAAUCGAAGCAAGAAAAAACCUCAAAACAUUAGAAAUUUCUGGUAAAGACUUAGAAGGUCAUUUAAACCUAAAAGAUUUUACUAAUCUAGAAAAAUUAGACUGCUACGAAAACCGAAUCACUAGUUUAGAUUUAACCAACAAUAAAAAUCUCACUUACCUAAACCCUUCUUCUAAUCCAAUUUCUGAAUUAGACUUAAGUCAAAAUGAAAAACUCACUGAAAUACAUUUUUCUUAUGGACAAAUCAGUAGUAUAGACCUUAGCAAAAAUAAGAAUCUUAGUUUCAUAAAUUUUAACAACAACUUAUUAAAAGACUUGGAUUUAACAAACAAUCCUAAUAUUGCCACUAUUCAUGUUUACAAUAACAAGUUAACUUUUUUAAAAAUAGCAAAUUUAAGUAAACUAAGGGUGGUUGCUUGUCAUAUGAAUCCAAAACUAAUGGGUUAUUUAGACUUAAGCAACUGUCCUGACUUAAUAAAUUUAAAUUGUGCUUUUACUGGCUUAGAAAAAUUAGAGUUAAAUAACCCAAAACUAUAUCUUUUAUAUUGCCAAGGAAGUAAAAUUAACAAAUUAGACUUAUCCAAAACAGCAAUAAAAGAAACAGAUUAUGAUAAGAAUCUUCGCACUGAUUUACCUAAAAAAAGAGUAAUUUUCCAAGAUUCUCAACAAAGAGUUAGUCAGAGUGCUGAACUAUCAAAAAAGAAAAAAGUUUUCUUGGGCGGAACUUGA